AUGCAUUUAGUCACUUUAGCCACAUGUAACUUGGAUCAAUGGGCUCUUGAUUUUUCGGGCAAUCUAGAGAGAGUGAAACAGAGCAUCAAAAUUGCCAAGGAUAAGGGAGCAAGAUACCGAAUGGGUCCUGAGUUGGAAUUAUCUGGCUAUGGUUGUCAAGAUCACUUUUUAGAAACAGACACCUACACUCAUUCCAUGGAAUGUUUGGCCGAAAUUUUGUCAACCGAUCUAACCAAUGAUAUUCUUGUGGAUAUCGGAAUGCCUAUCAAGCAUAAGGGAGUCAAUUAUAAUUGUCGAGUUUUUGUUCACAACAAAAAGCUUCUCCUAAUUCGUCCAAAAUUAUUUCUAGCGAAUGAUGGAAACUAUAGAGAAACUCGUUGGUUUUGUGCAUGGACAAAGAGAUUUACAAUCGAAGAUUUUGUCUUGCCUGAUUUUAUUAGAGAAAUAACUGGACAAAGAACUGUUCCAAUUGGUGAUGCAAUUGUGUCACUCAAUGACACGGAGUUAGCUGUUGAAACCUGUGAAGAAUUAUUCACUCCAAAUUCUCCAAAUAUUUAUCUUGGAUUAGAUGGUGUUGAAAUUAUUAGUAAUGGAAGUGGUUCUCACUCUUCACUUGGAAAAUUGCAUACUCGAGUGGACCUUAUUAGAAAUGCUACUGCAAAGAAUGGGCUUGUCUAUUUGUAUGCUAACCAACAAGGAUGUGAUGGAGACCGAUUAUAUUUUGAUGGAUGUGCCAUGAUCAGUGUCAAUGGAGCAGUACUAGCUCAGGGAAGUCAAUUUUCCCUUAAGGAAGUUGAAGUUGUGACUGCCAAUGUGGAUUUAGAUCAAGUCAGAGCUUUCAGAAACAAAAUAGCAAGUAGAGCAGUUCAAGCUUCUGAAGCUGUCGCAUUUCCACGAAUUAGAGUUGACUUUACCUUAAAAAACGAUCACUAUUCUCAACGAUUGAAACCUACACGUCCGGUUGAAGUUCGAUAUUUUUCCAAAGUGGAGGAAAUUGCACUCGGUCCUGCAUGCUACUUGUUUGAUUAUUUGAGGCGUUCCAAUCAGGGAGGAUUCUUUUUACCACUGUCUGGUGGUGCGGAUUCUUCCUCAGUGGCUGCCAUUGUAGGUCAAAUGUGUCAACUCAUUCACAAAGAUUGCACAGAGCCAGUCAAUUCCUACGAAGAUGAAUACAAUAAGAAUAUUAUCCUGAAAGAUAUUCGUAGAAUUUGUUGCAAGGAUGAUUCCUGGGUUCCAUCUUCACCAAAAGAAAUUGCCAAUAUCAUCUUUACCACCUGUUACAUGGCAACUGUCAAUAGCUCUGCAACCACACGAAAUCGAGCACGAAAAGUCGCCGAAGAAAUUGGUGCUCAUCACAUGGAAAUUUCUAUUGAUCAUGUCGUAGACUCUAUGAAAGAACUCUUUGUUCAAUCGACUGGAAAAACACCACGUUUUGAUGGAACGUAUGGCGAAAAUAUUGCAUUACAAAAUAUUCAAGCACGAUUGAGAAUGGUUGUGAGUUAUUUCUUUGCUCAAUUAAUGAAUUGGAGUAGAGACAUGCCACAGCCUAAAAAUUUACUAGUGCUUGGUUCUUCCAAUGUGGAUGAAGCUUUAAGAGGAUAUUUCACAAAAUAUGACUGUAGCUCAGCCGAUAUUAAUCCAAUUGGAAGUAUUAGUAAGACAGAUUUGAAGAAAUUUUUGUAUUAUGCUGCUCAAAAUUUAGGAUAUCCUUCUCUGAUGGAUGUGUUAAUUGCAAAGCCAACUGCCGAACUUCAACCUUUAGAGUCCAAUCAAACCGACGAAGAGGACAUGGGAUUAACAUAUGAUGAAUUGUCACGUUUUGGAGAAUUACGUAAAAUUCAAGGAAAUGGUAUUGUAGAAAGUUUUACAAAUUUAGUGUAUGAAUGGAGAGACAAGAUGAGUGUUCAACAAAUUGCAAAUAAGGUCAAACACUUUUUCAAAUAUUAUGCCAUCAAUAGACACAAAAUGACCACCUUAACACCUGCCUAUCACUGUGAAUCCUAUUCUCCAGAGGAUAAUCGAUUUGAUUUGAGACAAUUCCUCUACAAUGUGGCUUUCCCUUGGCAAUUUAAGAAAAUUGAUGAAUUGGUCAAGAAAUAUCAAGAAGAGGAGGAAAGAGAACAAUAA